UGGAUAUAGUGCCUAUAGAUUGUACAUAUACUAAAAGCCAAACAAACAAAUGAAAAUUGUUAUAACAAAGACAAAUCAAAGGUGUAUAAUGUGUGCCUGUUGUGAGAAGUUGGCGGCAAUGGUGGGAUUUCUGUUGAUACUGUUGGUGAUGCUUUCAUGGUCGCCAGUCAGUGAAAGCGCCAAAUUGCCGCCAGGGCGUUUGCAUCCCGCUGGCGUGGAUUUCUUUGAGCACGAGUUUAUCAGUGUGCCAGUUAUUAAUGAGUGUGUGUUUUUAGAUAAUGACUAUGAUCCCUAUGGUCCGGAUAUUGGCAAUGAUGAUCUGGGCAUUGAUGAUCCAGAGACUAUGCCGCGCCUCUUUCAGGGGGACAUUGCCAUCGAUCCGUAUACGUACAUAACCCUUCGCUUGGGAGUCAACCCGAUGAGGCAUCCAAAGCGUUUAUGGCCAAAUGGUACAAUCCCUUUCGAGAUUAGUUCCCGCUAUGUGAACCGAGAACGAGAAUCAAUUAUGGAGGCACUAAAGACCUUCAAUUCACUAACGUGCAUCAAAUUUGUGCCAUACGAUGGAGAAGUUGAGGACUAUCUGCUCAUUGAGCCACCAGAGGAGGGUCCUCAGGGCUGUUGGUCAUAUGUGGGCAAACGUGGGGGAGAACAGGUAGUCUCUUUGCAGCGUCCCGAUUCCAAUAGCGCCCACUGCUUCAGUAGCGAAGGACGGAUUAUGCACGAACUGAUGCAUGCCAUUGGCAUUUAUCAUGAGCAAUCGCGAGCUGAUAGGGACAAUUUCGUUAAAAUACAUUGGGAGAAUAUUGUGCCGCGCUUUCGUAAGAACUUUAAGCUUAUAUCUCGCAAGCGUGGCAAAUACUCUUUCGACUAUGACUACAACUCGGUAAUGCAUUACGGUGAGUUCUACUUUAGCAAAAAGAAGGGCGAGAAACCCACAAUGACGCCGCUACAGCCGGGUGUUCGAAUUGGCCAACGGAAGACAAUCAGCAAAAUCGAUUGUCUCAAAAUCAACGAAUUGUAUGGAUGUCUCGAAGGAAGACGAGCCAAAAUGUACAAGACCUUUUGUCAUUUAUUAGGCUUGUAGCUAUUUAUAUCGUAUUUCUACAUAU